UUGAGAUCUAUUCGGAUGGAGAGGCUCAAUAAAAUGAACAAAGAUGACAUUUGGGAUGUUUCUGAUUUUCUAAGUCGAUACACAACAAAGUCAGCAGUCUCUGAAAGUCCUGUAGUUAAAUUUAAUGAAUAUUCUAAUAAUGAUUCUCUUGGUUUUUUGAAUGAUGAAGAUACUUUUUGUACAUCACAUAAUUUUGAUGAACGUCUUCUAUAUUUAAAUCAAGAAUUAACACUCUUUGGCUAUUCAUCUAUAUUCAAGAAUAACAACUCAACAAACAAAAAUAAUAUAAGGGAAAAUCUUGAUCUUUUUCAACUUGUAAAUUGUACAUAUGAAUUACUGAAAAGACAGCAUCAACAAAUACGUGCAAAAGAUGAAUUAGAAGAAAAACAAAUUCGUUCUGAAAGUGAUCAUGAAUUUCUUAUUCAAAGUCAAUCUCGUCUAAAGCAAGAUCUGGAAAAUUUAAGGCGUGAAGCUGCACUAUCUACUAUUCGUGAAAAUGAUCAAGCUAGCAAAUAUAGAGCACUUUUUCAAGAAAUGAAAAAUGAACGUGAAGAAAAAAGAAAACUGAAAAGUGAUUUGGACCAUAUAAAAAAUCAGUGCCAACAUGAGUUAAAAAGAAUGGAAAAUGAAAAAACUAAACUUCAAACAAAAGUGCAUCAGCUUUUAAAUGACAGAACUCAAGAAAAAAAGGUUUCCAUGGAAGUUUUAAACCCGUUACAGAGAGGAGAUGGCAGAAGAAGUACUUGGAAAUCUACUACAGGAAAAAAAAAUGAGGAAGACAUGUAUAAACUAAUUAUUUCAAAUUAUGAGGAAAAAGAAAAGACUUUGCUGCUUGAAAAUCAUGCACUUCGAGAAUUUUUACAAGAUAUACUAAAUAUGCUUCUAAUGAACACAUCUCAAUCAUCUCAAACAGAGAAUAUUGAAGAAGAGAAACAGUUUCAAAUGCCAAUUCAUCUUGUGAAAAAUGACCUUAAAAAUAAGUUUUACAGUGCAAUUGAAACGAUUCGAGCUGAGAAUAAAACACAAGGAAAAGAAGAUAAUGAUUUGCAAUCGAAACUUGAAAGUUGUCAAUCUAUUAUUUCUGCUCAAGAAAAGUUAAUUCAGAAUUUAAAAGAUGGCAAUUCUAAAGAAGCUUUUGAAAAAAUAUUAUUGAAUUUUGGCAAUGAAAAUGAUUUGGCUGGUAACCUGGCACAAGAAAAGCAGCUUCAUGAAAGAAACAAAGCAUUUAUAGAAGAACAAAAGCGAUUUACUGAAUAUGUUCUUAAAAUUGAAAAAGAGAAAGAAGAAUUUGAGAAAGAAAGAGUUGAGUUUUAUAUGAGUUGUUUAUCUACACCAGCUCUAAACAAAGGAUUGCAUGGAAAAGUUUCAAAGAGUGAGUCCUUAAGGUUAGCACAACCUAGCUUUAGCUCUGCUCCUCGCACACCAAAAGUUCACACACCAUCUACUGCAGAUUUGUAUAAAUAUAUGUCUCUUGCAUACGAUAAAAAAGAAAACAUUAAUGGAAAUACAAAUCACAGGUCCAUUACCCAUGAUGGUUCAUUUACUUCGUACGAUGUGCAAGAAUCUCCGUCGGUUAAAAAACUCCAACAACAUGCUGACAAUGUACGAAAAGCAGUUGAAGUAAGACAUAAUAAAAGUACAGAUGAUGAUAAACGUAUUAUUAGUUAUUUAUAAGUGAA